AUGACUGAGCCCACCGCUGCCGACUGGAAGGCCAAAGGCAACGCAGCGCUCAGCAGCGGCCGCGCCCAAGAGGCCGUCGACUGCUACACGAACGCCAUAGCCCUCGACCCGAGCGACCACGUGUUCUACUCGAACCGCUCGGCCGCUUACCUGUCGCUGGACGACGCCGUCCACGCGCUCGACGACGCCGCGUCGUGCAUUGCGGCCAAACCCGACUGGGCCAAAGGCUACAGCCGCAAAGGCGCUGCGCUGCACGCGCUCAGGCGCUACGACGAGGCCGUGGCUGCAUACCAAGAGGGCCUGAAGCUGGACAAGGACAAUGCCGCGUGUCGCAGCGGGCUCGACGAGGUGGAAAAAGCACAGGCUCAAGCACAAGCAGCAGAUGCAGCAGCACGUGGCCAGUCGUUUAACCCGCUGGCCAAUGCCUUUGGCCCCGACCUGUUUGGCAAGAUGGCGACCAACCCGCGACUGUCGCCGCUGCUGAGCGACGCGGCGUUUGUCCAGACGCUGCAGGCGAUCCAGCGCGAUCCGUCCACGAUGAGUGAGCACUUGAAGGACCCGCGCGUGUUGACAGUGCUGGGUGAGCUCAUGGGGCUCAAUGUGAACAUGGGCGGCAGUGACGAGGCCAUGGAUGAGGACAUGUCUGCUGCUGGUGCUGCACCAACAGCAGCAGCCGAGUCGCAGACGACAAUGGACUCGGACCCCAGUCCAAUGGAGGACGACUUGACGGACGAGGAGAAGACGGAGCGAGCGAGGAAACGCGCUGCGGAAGACGCCAAGCAACGCGGCAAUGCGUUGUACAAGCAGAAGCAGUUCUCCGAAGCUAUUGCGUGCUACCAGGAAGCGAUUGACCAGGACGCCAACAACAUGUCGUACUAUAGCAACUUGGCUGCGGUCAAGCUGGAGAUGGGACAGUAUGACGCCUGCAUUGAAGACUGCAAGAAGGCGAUUGAAGUGGGGCGCGCCAAUCGUGCCGACUAUGCGCUGAUUGCCAAGGCGUACGUGCGUAUUGGCAACGCGUGCGUGAAGAAGGGCGAGACAGAGGAAAACUUGACCGCAGCUAUCGAAUCGUACGAAGGCGCGCAGAUGGAGAACCGCUCCAAGACAGUCGAGCGCACAAUCAAGGCGCUGCAGACGAAGCUGCGCAAGGCCAGGGAGCUAGCGUACAUUGACCUUGACAAGGCGCUUGCAGCAAAGAAUGAAGGCAACGAGUUUUUCAAGAAUGGCGAGUUUCCUCAAGCCGUGGAGCGCUACACGGAGGCUAUCAAGCGCGACCCGUCGUGUGCCGUGUAUUACGCCAACCGCGCGGCGGCGUACACGAAGCUGACGUCGUUCAACGAGGCAAAGAAGGAUUGCGAGAAGGCCAUUGAGCUUGACCCCCAGUAUGUGAAGGCGUACUCGCGCAUGGGUGCGAUUCAGUGCUUCAUGAAGGAAUUCCACAAGGCUCGCGAAAGCUACGAGAAGGGUUUAUCACUGGACCCGAAUCACCAAGAGUGUCUCGACGGUCUGCGAACAGUCAUUAACAAAAUUCAAAGCGGAGAAACGGACGAAGAGCGUGCGCGGCACGGAAUGGCAGAUCCGGAGAUACACGCGAUUUUGCGCGACCCGGUGAUGCAGAACGUGCUGAUGGAUUUCCAGUCGGACCCUGUUGCCGCACAGCGUCACAUGCAGAACCCGGGGAUCAUGGCCAAGAUUGAAAAGCUGAUAGCCGCCGGUGUGGUGCAGACCAAGUAA